GCCAUGAGGGUCUUAAGUCUGAUAUUUUUCUAUACUUUAGCAACGGGCAAUUUUGUGCAACUUGCUAUGGUUAGAGUCAAUGAGGGACUAUUGCUGGGUGUGCGAAAAAAGCUGUCCACUGGUCUAGGAGAAUACUACAGUUUCAAAGGGAUUCCUUAUGCUGAAGCACCAGUUGGAGACUUGCGAUUUAAGGAUCCCAUACCCAUCAAACCAUGGAGAGGCGUGAAAGAGGCAAUAAUACACGGUUCACUUUGCCCUCAAUUUUCUAGAGUAGUCAAUAUGUAUGUCCCUGGUAGCGAAGAUUGUCUGUAUUUAAAAGUUUACACGCCAGACUUGAAGCCAGAAAAACCUCUCACAGUAAUGUUUUACAUUUAUGGAGGUGGCUUUGUUAGUGGAUCAGGAAACUCAUAUGUAUACGGCCCAGAUUUUAUUGUUGAAAAGAAUGUCGUUUUGGUAACUAUUAACUACAGGGUCGAUGCUUUGGGAUUCCUUAACCUGGACACGAAGGAUGUUCCGGGUAGUGCUGGUAUGAAAGAUCAGAGCCUUGCGUUAAAAUGGGUUCAUGACAACAUCCAUAAAUUCGGUGGUGAUCUGGACAAAGUGACCAUUUUUGGAGAAAGCGCAGGGUCAGCGUCAGUGACUUAUCAUUUACUGUCACCAAUGUCUAAAGGAUUAUUUAAACGAGCUAUAGCUAUGAGCGGCGUUACAUUUUGCGAGUGGGCCAUCAGUUACGAGACCGCAAAACGAUCUUUUGCACUUGGAAACAUGUUGGGAAGCAACACGACCGAUCCAAACGAAAUGUUGGAGUUCCUGCAAAGGCGACCCAUUUUGAAAUUAAUUCACAAGUUUCCUACGGUCAUGCCAGUUGAAGAAAACUGGGCUAUUGGGCUGAAAAUGUCGCCGUACGUACCUGCUCCCGAAAAAAACUUUGGGCAAAAACGAUUUUUAGUAGAGUCCGCGACUGAGAGUCUUAAAAAAGGAAAAAUUAAUUCAGUAGACCUGAUGAUAGGAUACACCAGUUUGGAAUAUUUGUAUCAGUUGCGUAGACUCGGCAAUUCACUAGAAAGGUACAACAAUAUGCGCGAAUUAUUGAUACCUCGUGAAAUUACUUAUUACGGGCGAAAAAAUAUUGACAAGAAUGCAUUAGCAGCGAAAAUAUCCGAACAAUAUUUUGGUAAAAGGGAUAUCAAUAACGAAACAGUUAAGGAGUUCCUUGACUACCAAAGUGAAGAAAUAUUUGUGUACAACAUAAACAGGUUUUUAAGGCACCUGCCAAAUGGGAAUAAAAAGUUCUUGUACAAAUUCUUCUGCAUAUCAGAAAUAAACAAAUUCACGCCCGACGGAGAACUGUAUGGAAUAACUGGAGUAGGACAUACGGAUGAUUUGCGAUAUGUCUUUGAUAUCCAACUUGGCAGAAACCAAACAGUUGACGUAUCAUCAGAAGCUUACAGACUUAUUAAUCAGACAGUCACAUUAUUUACAAACUUUGCAAAAUAUGAAACCCGACUCUUAGAAGAUUGCGCGCGACAUGGCCAGAGUACGACAAUGCUUCGAAGCAGUACAUGGUCAUUAACUCCACCCUGCGCGUUGACAUCAACCCUGACGCUGGAGCCAAUCUGCCGUCCUAUCACUAUAAUGCCGUUAACCCACAAUUGGUCAAUUUUGACUUUUGAAUACCAUCCGAAUCAGAAAAAAAUGCUUAAUCUAGCACUAUUAUCGAAAUUUUUAUAUCUUGUUUAGUUCCUGAGAUAAAAAAAAUAAGAAAGCCGCUAACUGCUUCGCCUUUGCAAGAUUACAUAACUAAAAUGCAGUUACAUUACAUUUCUUAGCUUAAACGCGGUUAAGCGUCUUUAAUUGUUAUUAGAAUUAAAAAUUUAAGAAAAAUUACAAAGCUUUAUUGCCGUUAUUUACAAUUUCUAGUCAAUACAGCCGUUAAGGUACUUUAACGACAAUAUUGCUAAGCUGCUCUUUGCAAAGCUUUAAUAGACUCCUCAAGACUAAAACGCCGUUAAGUAUAAUUAUUAGACUUAAACGCAACAAAGGUCCAAUAACGGCAUUAUAGCUUUGUAUUACAUGAAUUUAUUUAUUGAAAUUGCACUAGUGAAUUCACCAUUAAGGCUAACCAAAUGUAACAAUCUAUGUGUUUUUUACAUUUUUACAAGACUUAAAUGCCGUUAACCUACAUUCCUAAACUAUAAUGCGGCUAUGUUCAAAAAGUUGAAUGAAGUGUUCUAAGCGUCGUUGCGUGCGUCGAUCACUCAGUUCAGUCAGAGUUACUGAUGUGCCGCUGAGAACGCUCCCGGGAAUAUUCCUAGCGUUCUCAACAAAAUAAAUUUAGUUUUAAUUUUAUGUUUGUUGUUUAUUAAUAUGUGAUGUGCAAUGUUUCUCUUUUAUUAUCUAAGACUAGUCGUUAUAAACAAGGUAUGAAACGUGUUAGUGAGAUAUUGCUGUCUUGUCAUUAUUUUCGUGGCUAAUGCGCACUGCAACUUUAGGACACGGCAGCGCGGUAAUUGAGCUUCAGUGUGCCUCUGAGUUUUAAAUGAUGAACACGUUGCGUUUUGUUUUCUAAUUUUAAAAAUUAGUAAGAGAAGCCUGGUGUUCGGUCAUUUUACUUGUUCAUUUUGUUUUACAUCUUCUAUGUUAGACGAAGACAUAACGCUCGUUUGUUUCAGGCAAAUGUCGUUCAACGGCUGGACAAAGGUCUCCUCAAGGAUUUCCACAACGACCGGUCCUGCGCCGCCCGCAUCCAGGCACCUCUCGUGACCUUUACCAGAUCGUCGAUCCAUCUAGAGGGGCCUGCCUGCCCACACUAUGUCUUCAGGCUCAUUGUCGCCACUCGAGAAUUUUUCUACCCCAUCGGCCAUAUUCAGCUCUGCCACUUGAUUUUAGCAAUUCUGCGGGUUAUGUCGGUCACUUUGGUUUUUCUACGGAUCUCCUCAUUUCUGAUUCGAUCACGCAGGGAAACUAUGCUUGGCAUAGCACGCUCCAUCGCCCUUUGGGUCCACAUCACAAAUCCGUAUACUAUCACUGGCAACACAAACUGGUCACAGACUUUUGUCUUAAGACACUGCGGUAUUAUUUCGGACGUGGAAAUAUCGCGAAGCUUCCCGAACGCUGCCCAGCCGAGCUGGAUUCGACGAUCGACGUCUCUCUCAAAGUUGGACCUACCUAACUAUCCAGUUAGUACCUAUACCUGAUGGUUUGUCUCAGGUAUACAUAAUUGUCAACAACUUCGAGUGUAGUCUCCAACUUUCAAAGGAGUGGGUGCAACACGGACAUUUGACAUGAUUUUUGUCUUGUCCAUGUUCAUUUUGAGACCCACUUGUUGCGAGGCUCUACUGAGGCCAUCGAGCAUUGUGCCUAGAUCUGCCACAACUACGAUAUCGUCUGCAAAUCGAAGGUGGGUGAAGAACUCGCCGUUGAUAUUUAUGCUGAAUCCUCUCCAGCCCAGAAGCUUGAAAACAUCUUCCAGGGCGGUGGUAAAUAGUUUCGGUGAUAUUACGUCUCCCUGUCUCACCCCUCGCUGCAACUGGAUAGGUUUUGUUAAUUAUGAAAAAUCUAAAACGUUAAAAUAACGAUAUAGUUGUGGCCAAUGAGUUGCUGUCAUAGUGACAUUGACAAUACGUCAAUGUCACGCUAGCAUCAAACGUCAGAAUAGAGGGACGCGCGGAGACGACUCCGCGCGCUUUUGUGCUAAGUGAUGAAUUGUAUCUAAAAUAAGGCAAUAUAAUGUGAAAGAUGAGUA